AUGUAUCAGACUCUUAAAGAGUACUAUUGGUGGCCAAAUAUGAAAAGGGAAAUUGCAGUUUUUGUGAGCAAAUGCCUUGUGUGCCAGCAAGUGAAAGCGGAAAGGCAAAAACCGUCGGGGUUGUUGCAACCUUUGCCAAUUCCGGAAUGGAAAUGGGACCAUCUCACCAUGGAUUUUAUUUAUAAAGUACCGCGUACGCAGAAUGGUAAUGAUGGUAUUUGGGUGAUUGUAGAUCGACUCACCAAAUCAGCUCAUUUUCUGGCGGUUAAGGAAACCUUUAGUUUGGAUAAACUGGCAAAGUUGUAUGUGGACGAAAUUGUAAAGCUUCAUGGUGUUCCCGAGUCCAUUGUUUCCGAACGCGAUGCCCGCUACACAUCAAAGUUUUGGAGGAAGUGUAGGACCCCAUUAUGUUGGGAUGAAGUGGGAGAAAGACAACUUAUUGGUCCUGAGAUUAUUGAGAUCACAACAGAUAAAGUUAAGGUGAUCAGAGAGAGACUCAAGAUGGCUCAAAGCAGACAGAAGAGCUACACAGAUAAAAACAGGAAGCAUCUUGAAUUUCAAGUUGGUGAUUGGGUAUUUUUGAAGUUAUCUCCGUGGAAGGGUGUGGUAAGGUUUGGUAAACGAGGGAAACUAAGUCCAAGGUAUAUUGGUCCCUAUGAGAUUGUGGAACGAAUUGGUCUGGUCGCUUACCGCUUGGCUUUACCUCCACAACUAUCUCAAGUAGACGAUGUAUUCCACGUCUCCAUGCUUCGCAAGUACAUCAUUGAUCCUUCACAUGUGUUACCAGAUCAACCCAUUACACUUACAGAAGAUUUAACCUAUGAAGAAGAACCAGUACAGAUCCUUGAUUGUCGUGAGCAAGUACUCCGAAGUAAGGUUAUAUCUUUGGUUAAGGUAUUAUGGAGGAAUCACCUGAUUGAAGAAGCUACUUGGGAACCAGAGGAUCAAAUGAGGCAACAGUAUCCACAUCUUUUUCCUUAA